AUGAUAUGCUCAGCAAAUUUUGACCCCAGGACGUCUUCAUCACCAUUGAGGAGGCUUGACCAGUACCCUACCCACUCCACGUCUGUUGAAUCUGCUGUGGUUGACAAUGUCGGUAUUGCAGCGGCUGCACGAAUCGAUUCAGAGUUCUCGGAACCGCUUGGUUUGGACAUUCUCAAGCUGCGAGCUGGUGCGAGGCUUUUGCUGUGUUAUUCCUGCUGGAGCUUUGUGCAGCCCUGCUGCAUCCGAGCUGUUGCGGCAGCGCUUGAAUCGGACCAUGACGACGAGGGAGAACGCGACCAGUUGAUUAAGUAUGCGUGCCGUCCACCGUCAGCGCGUCAGGUCCGGCUUUGGAUCCACCGACUACAAUUCUUUCGCAACUUCUUCAAUGUGUUCGAUGCUUUUCUGGUUGUCGGGCACGAUGCGCCUCUUUUCCGGUUUGCGCGUAUUGGUGGCUGCGGUCAGUGCUUUUGUCCCCUCCUUGUGCCCCUGCAGCAUAGGGACUGUGGGAUGGAUGGGUUUUGGUCCAUGCUGUUUCUAACCAUCUACAUGGUGCUGGGUGGGCUUUUAAUCGGAAACUUCGUGAUGGAGUUCAUCAACGACGGAGGCCAAGACAUAGAGAUCCGAAAAUGGAUCUGGCAGCACUACGGCACCUCCUAUCGUGCGACCUAUACAAUGUUCCAGGUGACAUUUGCCGGAUGUUGGCCGUCAUAUGUAAACCCGCUGUACGAGAACAUCAGUCACUGGUACUCAGUGUUCUUUUGCGCUUACGUAACUUUCGUCGUCUUCGCAGUGAUGAGAGUGAUUACUGCAAUUUUCAUCAAGGAGACAUUGGAUGCUGCCGGCGAAGAUCAUGAAGUUGUGAUGUCUGAGAAGGAGGCCACAAAGCAGAAGUAUAUGCGCAAACUGGAAAGAGUUUUCCACGAAGUUGAUACUUCUGGCGACGGGCUCAUCUCGGAAGACGAGUUCAGGAGCAUGAUGGAGGAUCCCAACGUCAAGAGGUUUCUGGCUGGCUUGGAGGUGGACCUAAAUGAGAGUCACUCGCUCUUCCAUAUGUUGGCUGACGACGAGGGGCAGGUUUCCUACACCAAGUUCAUGGAAGGAAUGAUACGGGCCCAUGGACCUGCGAAGUCGGCCGAUGUGCUGUGCAUUCGCCAAGACCUGGAGUUCAUCCGCAAAGACCUGAAGCAGAUCAAGGCCGCAGCAACUGCGGAGCAGGAAUGCGGAUCUCCAUCCCGAGCAGCUUCAAAUCGAAGUCUCUAUGCACGCAGGUCCGUUGAGAUGACACGGAUCUUCACAGCGAGCGCCAACAGCAGGGGCAAUAACCAGCAGUACAAGAAUGUAGCACGCCGAGGGAACGCGCUUGGUUCAAGAGCAAACGGAUGA